GCUCCCUGCCUCGCCGCGGGAGGCUCAGAGCUGAGUGACCGCUGUGACUCUGUGUGAGUGCAGGCUGCAGCUGUUGGCCGAUGGACGAGGCGCUGUGACUCUCGGAGCACGGCCCGAAAACACUCAAGGAUCGCGGACAGCACUUCAGCUCAACUCAGGCGGCUGCAAUGGGCGCGGAAGUGACGGAAAAUGGGGAGAACUCAAGCAACUCGACUGAAAUUCUGAUCAACCAACUGCGGGAGGUUACUGGCAUCCAGGAUCCACACAUUCUGUACAGAGCUCUUAAAGCUAGUCAGGGGGACAUUGGACAUGCAGUGGGACUGCUGACAGCCCAGACUGGAGAGGCACCGGAGGCUGGAGAAGGACAGCAAGGAGCCACUGGCCUUGGCAAAGAUGAACUUCAGGCAGCCAUUGAGCUCAGCCUCCAGGAGUCUCAAAAGGCCCAGGAAGAAGAGAAAGAAUUUCACCGAGCUCUAGAGGCCAGCGCGGAGGAGAAUGCAGCCCGGAUGAAGAGGAGGAGGUGUGAGGGCCAGAGUGACAUGAGCAGCCCCGCAGACUGGAUCAGGCAGGAUGACUGGCCCGUGGGGAUCCGCAAUGUGGGCAACACCUGCUGGUUCAGCGCUGUAAUACAGUCACUCUUCCACCUUCCGGUGUUCAAAAGGCUGGUUCUCAACUACCAUCUGUCUGAGCGUUUGUUAGAGAAAUGCAAGACAAAUUCAGACAAGAGGAACAUAGCGUUCAUGCAGGAGCUGCGCUGUCUGUUUGCUCUGAUGGUGGGCUCCACGCGCAGGUUUGUGGACCCCUCAGCUGCUGUGGAGCUGCUCCGAGAUGCCUUCAGGACCAGUGAGGCUCAGCAGGAUGUGAGUGAGUUUACCCAUAAGCUCCUCGACUGGCUUGAGGAUGCCUUUCAACUGGCUGCCAAUGGAAAUGAUGAAAAGGACAAAUCGAAAAACCCCAUGGUCCAGCUCUUCUACGGUACCUUUGUGACAGAGAGAGUACACGAAGGCAAAACACUAUGCAACAUCGAGCAGUUUGGCCAGUACCCUCUGCAAGUGAACGGCUUCAACAACCUGGAUGAAUGCUUAGAAGGGGCCAUGGUGGAAAGAGAGAUAGAGUCGCUGCAUUCAGACCACUGUGUCACAUCUGGGAGAGAGAGGUGGUUCAAAAAGUUGCCUCCAGUGUUGACGUUUGAGCUUUCCAGGUUUGAGUUUAACACACAGUUGGGCCGUCCUGAGAAGAUUCACAAGAAACUAGAAUUCCCUCAAAUUAUUUACAUGGACAGAUAUCUUCACAAAAAUAUACAGCUGACACAUGAACGGAGAAGUACAGUUAAGAAGCUGAAGGAACAACUUGCUGCUCUGCAACAGAAAUUUGAGUGCUACAAAAACUACGGCUCGGGCCCCACCAAGUACCCGCUGACAGACAUGCUCCAGUUUGUUUUGGAGUUUGCCACCACCAAGCCCUCCAACGUGUCGCCCACGGAGGACCUAAGAGCAGCUGCCUCCUCCCCAACUCCCCUCACUGCCCCGUCCCCCCACCCCCUCAGCGACAGCCCCGGCAGAGACAGUGAAACAGAGGAUGCGUCUGACAGUUUGGCUGCUGGUGUGUCCACGUGCCAAAGAACACCCAUUUACAAGCCGUUCACUCAGUGCAGACCCCCAGUGGAAUGUCCCCCCCACCCAGCCCCCCACAGCAUCACCGAGGAGGAGCUGUACCAGGUCAAAAACUGUCUGCAGCGCUGGAGGACCGAGGCUGAGAAUGAUAUUAAUGAGCUCAAAGCCAGCAUUGACAGAGUUUCACAGGAGCUUGAGAGCAUGUACUCAGAUAAUAGUCUGUGCCAGGUGCCGUACAGACUCCAUGCUGUACUUGUCCAUGAGGGCCAGGCUUCUGCUGGUCACUACUGGGCCUACAUCUAUGACCAUGCCCACCAGCGCUGGAUCAAGUACAACGAUAUCACUGUGAGCGAGUCGUCCUGGGAGGAGCUUGAGAGGGACUCAUUUGGAGGCAUGACCAACGCCAGCGCAUACUGCCUCAUGUAUAUCGACGAUAGGAUGCCACAGCUCAUAACUGAAGACACAGAUGACGAGACAGGCCAAGUGCUGGUGGGCAUGGACUCCCUUCCUCCAGUGCUGCGACGCUACGUUCACGAGGACAACCGCUGGUUCCAACAGGAGCUGAGCGAGUGGGAGGAGCAGUUCUGUCAGGCCUCUGCUGCUGCUCCACAGGAAGAGAGCACGGUGAGCGCAGAGCCUCCAGAACACAGAGCAGAGGAACUCCACCAGAAGAGCCAGGAACCAGGGCCUACUGAGUCUACAGAGUCCACAGAGGGGCAAGAUACUGACACACAGGCCCAAGAAGACGUGCUGGAGCAGGCUCCAGCACAGCAAGAGGAAGAGGCAGCACCCGACCCCCCUGAGGCCCCUGAGAGCCUGAGUGACGACAACCCUCCAGAACCCUCUGACUGUUUGGAACAGGGCCAGGGCUCCCACUCAGCCCAGAAGGAGGCUCCCGGUCCAGUUCCUGACCCCACAGGGGAUACACAGGAGACAUCGGAGGUGCAAGUGGAGGAGGAGAGCACAGAGGGGACUGUCUCUGGUCCCACUGCUAUAGAGGACCAAGAGGAUUCCAACAGCAUGCCAGAAAAUGAGUCGCAAGAAACACACCAUCAGGAGGCCGCAGCAGAGCGCCAGCAGCUGGAGAACGAGGUGUCUGAGGUGGAGAUCCCUAACGUGGGCCGCAUCAUGGUCCGAGCAGACGCAGACGGAUACAAUGAAGAGAUGAUGCUUACACCAGCCAUGCAGGGAAUUAUCUUGGCCAUCGCCAAAGCCCGAAAAAUCUUUGACCAGGACGGUCCUGAGGCAGGCCUCAUCAAGGCCUUUCAUGAGGAGUACAACCGUCUGUAUGACCUGUCCCAGGAGGAGGCCACCCCAGCGGAGGACGCGCGGCUACAUCACUGCCUGGUCUACUUCUUCCAGAACAAGGCUCCCAAACGCAUCAUUGAGAGGACACUGCUCGAACAGUUCACAGACCGCAACCUCAGCUUUGACGAGCGGGCCAUCAGUAUCAUGAGGGAGGCCAGAGCCAAGUUGCGUUUGAUCAAACCUGAAGACAUGGAUAUGGAUGAGUACUUGCAGUGGCAUGAGGACUACAAGAUGUUCAAGACCGUGUUUGUGUACCUGCUCACUGGCCUGGAGCACUACCAGAAUGGAAAAAUGAGAGAAGCUCUGACCUACCUGGCUCACGCUUACGACACCAACAGCACUCUGCUCAAGAACGGACCCAAACGUGGAGUGGACGAUUCCCUUAUUUCUGUGUACAGAAGGAAAUGUCUCAUGACGCUGAAUGAGAGCGCGUCGCGGUGGUUCUGCUGCGGUGAGGAGGACAAAGUGACAGAGGCCCUGGCCCUUAUGGACGAGUGUGUGAUACCCUGUCUACACCUGAUGAGUCGCGACCCUGCUCUGACCCAGGAGGACCGGGACACGCUGGAGAGCAUCCGCAGCCACUGGUGCUGCUGCCUCAGCCAAGACAUGAACGAGUCCCUGCAGGUGAAGCUGGGCGAGUUCCUGCCCAGAGUCCUGGACUGUUCAGCAGAGACAGUAGUGCUCAAAGACCCCCCAAAGAUCCAGGUGCAUGCUGCCCACGACCUGUGCAGCCGGCUGGCCGCGCUCAUGGAGUCUAUCCACAGCACCUCUGUGGUCCGGGUCAAGUAACAGCUCUGUGAUUGGCUGUGGUCAUGUUUUAGAAUUUGAUGAUGUCAUAUUUUCAGAUGGAGAGCAGAGGUCUAUAUAACUCUAUGGGAGAUUCACUGUUAAUCCAAGAAAUAUCCAACAUUUACUACUGUUGAACUUUGUCAUUAUGAGUCAGGGAUAGUGUCACAAUACUAAAAUUUCAACCUCGAUUUUGAUACUAAGGAAUAGACUCAAUACCAAUUUCAAUACCACAGUGAUAGUUAAAACACUCUUUAUUUAGAAAAUGCAAUGUAAUUUUCAACAUACUACUUUCAUUUAUAUUACCAUGUGGCCUUAAAUAUUUGUAAUCCCUCAGUUGUCCAGGUAGGUUCCAUACUGGGCAUAUACUAGUCUACUCGGUCUUAUACUUGUUCUGAUACAGCUCAAGAUCAUUCUAAAGCUAUUCAGUGAUUUUUUUUUUGUAUGGAAACCUGCUCAAAUGAGUAUCUACGGUAUCAACUAUCAAUUAUUAUCUGAUUGAGAUUUUUAAAAUGUACUGUUGUUUAGUUAGGGAUUUGUUUCACAAAUUCCACCAAAAAAAUCUUGUGGCUAAAGGUUCUUUCAACAGACAAAAAUCACAUCUUUGCCAUUGUAAUAAUGACACUACUUUUUGCCAUGAUAGUAUACAAAUAAUUUCACUUUAGUUCAUAUGUACUUGCAAAGAAGACAUUGCCACAUGAAACAAAAACUGGCACAGAAAUAUUAACCAUAAACCAGGUUAACAAAUUUGCAAUCUGACAGUUAAAGAACAAAUUCCAUCAUUGAAGUCUGACAGUUUAAACUAUAGGGAUUUUAACAUGGCACGUGAGCACAAUCUAGAUUGAGAAACUGUAGAUCCACCAACAUGUGCACGUGUGCUUUGUCAUUAUUCAUCUGCCUAUUCUGCAUGGAAAGAAAUUAUCACAAAUGCUCACGUCACUGUAAUUAAGUGUAUUUUUUGGGCUAGUUGUACUUUUUUUUGUAGAUGUUUAAACAUGCAUUGAUACUUUGCAAUGACAUCAUGCUGGGGGGGACUACAUGUAUGUUUAUGGAGGAAUGCACAGCAGAAAAAAUAGAAAAUACAUUUAAACAACAAUGAUACAAGAGAGAAGGGUGAGUAACUGAAAAACUGUUAGCUAAUGCUAGUUAGCUUGUGACUGUAAUGUUAUUUGAAAGGAAUUUGUUCAACAGCACACGCACUCACCUGUCAUAGUUCCAAGUAAGUUCUUGAGGUCAGUAAGUCAGACUGUAUAAAAACAAAGCUGAGUUUAAAGUCUGACUUGAGCAACAGAGGUUCAGACAGAGCAGUGCCUCUAGUUAGCUUCACUCCCCAUCCCUGGAAAUGUUGACAUAAGCUGCAAAGUAACAAUAUGUAAUUGAGUAUAAUAAUAUAUAUAAGAGCUCAGAAAAUAUGAGGAUUGAGUAUAAGACUGAGCUGCUCAAUGCUACUGAUAUUGUGUAAAAAAAAAAAAAAAAAAAAAGUAACUAGUACUUGAGUUUUUUUUUUUUUUUAUGUAUAAUUUUACUGCAGUACAAAUUGUGGCAUCAGUACUACAUUUACAGUGCUCUUUCCAUCUCUGCUAAUCUAUAAGUUUAUCUAAAUCAACUACUGGAUGUGUGCAAUGUUGAAGUCCAGCUUAUGGACUCAGAGUGCAAUACUGCUCUAAACAUACCUUUGAGUUGCAGUAACUUUCAUAUUGGCUACAGCUUAGCUUCUAUAUUUGAAGUUUUAUUUCCUUUUUAAAUAUAUCCUUUAUUUUGCACAGCAGACUUAUCAUGAAGUUUUCAUUUUUGCACUGAAGAGUUUUGUUCUAUGGUACAUAAAAUCAUUAUUUUCACAGUGCCAUAUGCCAUCAUAGGCCACAUCUCUUAUUGGUCAACCCUAGGGCUGCAUGAUUUGGGAAAAAAUAUUGUGUUUUUUUUCUGGAAAGCAGUGUGACUGCGAUAAGAUUUGCGAUUUGUGUUUUAAUAUUAGGAUUCUGUUCAAAGUUCACAUUUCAUGAAGAAGAAUUGACAAAAAGACUGAAAUAUGAACUGACAAACUAAUACACAAAAUUAAAGGGUUAAUAGUUUUCAGAAAAAGGAAUUUAUGAUACUUAAAGCCUGGGUAUUAUUAUGCAAAGCAUUUUGAAGUUAUAAUGUUUUAGAUAUAAUCAAUGCAAGCUUGAGUAAUCCAGUGAUCUCUCCCAGGCCCUAUUCGAACCCUCACAGUUAGCUGUAAGAUUGUGUCCAAUGUUCAGCCCACAAGCCUACGUCGUACAUGCUCCCGCACGACCAUUUCUCAUAAAUAAAAACAGUACACAAAACAAUACACUACAGUACAACUUGACAAACAUGAUGUGAAGUCUCAUUAACGGGAUGCCCGCUUACUGUGUUGUAAUAGCACUGAAGGCGGAAUGACUUAGCGCUGGGGGCAAAUGGGUGGGGAAACUGAUAUAAACAUGUUAGUAGGUUGUUUUCGGCGAAUAUAGCCUUUUCAAAACAAUAAAAGGCACCGUAUGUAGAAUUGUAAUACCCCACUUUUUAAAAUUGCAGCCUUUGAGAUUUGCUAAUUGCGUCCAUUCAAAUUGCGAUUUCUAUUUGAUCAAGAUUAAUCUUGCAGCCCUAGUCAACAGACUAUUUCUUUGUAACUGAAUGUAAUUUGAAUCAUGCAAUGGUCUAAAAUAAACACUGAAAAUUGAUAUUUAAAAACAUUUGAUAGCUGAACCAUAUGGAGCAGUUAAUUCUGCAGAAUGUUACUUGACUGGUAAAAUUCUUCAAUAAUGUUACUUUUAGAUAUGUACUACACAUUGUCUAAUAACAUUCUGAAUAUGUUUUAUAUGACUUUUUAAUACGCUUUCUGUCUGUGGGACAACUGCUAUUUACUCCAUGUAUUUGUUGUUGAAAUAUGUACAAGUACUAUGAUGCUGAGUCACUUCAGGGAUAGACUUCACUGCUCCGGCAGCCCUGAGUGGGUCUCACAUUGGUCGACACAGCACAAUUUACAUCAGUAUUAUGAAUAUGAAAUUAUGUACAUAAAUGUCGCUCUGCUUUGUAGUUAAGUGCCUCUGUCCCAAUAAAAGUCCUCCUGUUGA